AUGCCGUCCAUUCUGUCCGACGAGGACAAGCAAAUGGUCAAGCGCACCGUCCCCAAGUCUGGCAACAAGAUCCACGCCGUCGCCGUCGCCAAGCUGUAUAUCGCCUACCCCGACCGGCACCGAUGGACCUACACCGGCUUGCAGGGCGCCGUCGUGCUGGCCAACGACCUGGUCGGAAACACCUUCUGGCUCAAGAUGGUCGACAUAUCGGACCGCGUCUUCUUCCACACCUUUGAGCUCGAGGACUGUCUAGCCGGCCUGUCCUUUGCCGACGAGAAGGAGGCCCGGACAUUCAAGAAGAAGCUCGACGACCGCGAGAAGAACGCCCACAAGAACACAAAGAGCAAGCCCUUUAGCGCGACCGUGGGCAGUAGUAUAGCUUCAACAAACGGAAAGAGCGGCGGCCAUGGCCACGGAAUUUUGGGCGGUAUCUUUGGACACCGAAGUUCUUCCCAUGCAGCUCCGCCCGCGCAUUCCAUCAUUCCGCCCUCUGUCACCUCGCCCGUGCAAAGCAGCCAUUCCAACGCAACCAGCGCACGAAGCUCCGCGAUCGAUACCACAGACCCCUCAUGGCAGCCCUUGCUCAAGGAACUGUUGGCCAUGGGCAUCACAGAGGACCAGAUUGAAGAGAAUGCCGACUUUAUCAAACUGUACAUUGAGCAGAGGAAGGCGGAAGAAAAGCUCAAAGACGAAAACCAGCGCCGAUCCAGGGCUCCUCCGCCGCCACCUCCGCCUGGUGCGCCCCUCAGCCCUCAGCACACGGGCAGCACAACCACAUCGAAACGCGGACCUCCGCCACAGCCCCCGCCAGCUCGACGCACGCGGCACGAUGCAUCUGCCAACCGAACUUCGUCGCAAAGUCCAGCGCCGCACUCGCCAACUCGAGAAGCUACACCUCCCCCAGGACCGCCCAAGCCAGUCUUCAGAGCGCCUCCGCCAAUUGCAGAAGCAGGCAAGUUUGCAAACCAGGCUCCUGCACCACCAAACCGAGCACGAGCCUCGUCCAAUGCAGCAAACCCGGGCCCUCCUCCACCGCCUCGACCGCCAAAGACCCCCGUGCCCGACGAGGAGAGAUCAGGUGGAGCCAAGUUCGGCGUGCCUCCGCCUUUCACAGGCAAUCGCGUACCUUCAGGACCACCACCUCCUCCUCCAAGCCGAGGACCAGUACCACCUCCUCCCCCAGCGAGAGACAUUCCGUCAGCACCUCCCCCACCGCUCCCUCCAAAGACCUCAGCUGCACCAACUCCGCCGCCGAUUCACAACAUACCGCCUCCACCGCCGCUACCACCAUCCGCUUCACGUCCUGCGCCUCCUCCGCCAUCAGGAGCAGCACCAGUUCCACCUCCGCUACCACCGACGUCCAAUGCUGCGCCUCCACCUCCGCCUCCGCCUCCGCCACCGCCCAUGCCAGGGCGAUCGAUUCCACCCCCUCCACCGAUGCCCAGCGGCGGUGCACCGCCACCUCCGCCUAUGCCCAACAGCGGCGCACCACCCCCGCCUCCAUUACCUCCAAUGGGAGGACCCCCAGCACCACCGCCUCCUCCACCACCUGGCCCUGCGCCACCAGGCGGUUCGUCUUUGCCCAAGGUUCCAGCUGGCAGGGAUGGCUUGUUAGCAGAUAUUCGUGGAGGAGCAAGACUGAAGAAGGUUUCGGAUUCAGAGAAGAAGGAUCGCAGUGCGGCAGCAGUGCCUGGAAAAGAGCCUCCAGGUGGUUCGGGAGGCGGCUCGACUUCAGGCGGUGGAGAGGCUGGCCUAGCUAAUGCAUUGGCCAGUGCACUCGCGGCGCGGAAGUCGAAAGUUAGCCACAGCGACGACGAAUCGGACAAGGAUGAUUGGUAAAUAAAGCCAUUUAGCAGCUCAUUCAUAUCCAAAUCCAAUCCCUACGCAAAGCGCCGAAUCAUUGAGAGGCUGUUGCAUGUUUGGUCCAUUGGCUGUAUGCAGUUACAAUUUGGCGAGGAGAGAGAGAGCAGGAUGAACCGAAAGGGCAGCAUGUAAAAAGAAGGGGAUUGUAAUAGAGAUAGCGAUGAGGAUGGCAGACGAAGAGGAUUAGGGGAGCAGAGUUGUAGCUAGUUAGUUGGCGCCAUGGUGGUAGUAGUGGAAGGCGUAGCGGAAGAGUGGUUGAUACCAAGAAUGUUCAAUGCAUGUAUAUUCUUCAGUACUCAGCCCUUGAGUCUGGGCGGAUGGUUGUGUUUGUGUCGGGGGCCUAGAUUUGCGGGCUUGGGUAGCGUACGUAGCCGAGCUGAGGCGGGCGCGGGAUGAUGCGGGGUAACACGCUGGUGUGCAGUG